ACGACCGCUAAAAGCUAAUCUCUCCCUGUUCCCAUAAAAGCCUCUCCAUAAUUUCAUCAAAGCAAAGUCUCAAUGCUCAUCACUCAACCAAACCGCAAGACAUGGAACCUAUUUACUUUCUCACAAGUCCAAACUUACUCUUCUUCUCCCUUCAAAACCCAAGACCUUGCAAGAACUAAAUUAGCAUCCUCAUCAAAAACCCACCAUGAAAAAAAGCAAAUUAAAGCAUCCUCAGCAGGCAAAAUCAAACGCCUUGUUCUUACACAAGAAGGUAGAACAAAGCUUAACACCUUUCCAGACCGAGAAUUUUAUGCCUACCCACGUUUUGUAACUCAUGUGGAUGAUGGUUUCAUAUCUACCUUAACUGAACUCUACAGAGAACGGUUGAAGCCUGGUUGGGUGAUACUUGAUCUAAUGAGCUCAUGGGUUAGCCAUUUACCUAAAGAGAUUCAGUACAAGAAGGUGGUGGGACAUGGGCUUAAUGCCCAAGAGCUUGCCAAGAAUCCAAGGUUGGAUAAUUUCUUUGUCAAAGAUCUUAACAAAGAUCAAGAGCUUGACUUGGAGAGUUCUAGUUUCGAGGCAGUGUUGUGCACUGUUAGUGUGCAGUAUCUCCAACAGCCCGAGAAGGUAUUUGCAGAAGUGUUUAGAGUGCUAAAGCCAGGAGGGGUAUUCAUUGUGAGCUUCAGUAAUCGAUUGUUCUAUGAGAAAGCCAUCAGUGCAUGGAGAGAAGGAACUACAUAUAGCCGUGUUCAACUUGUAGUGCAGUACUUCCAAAGUGUUGAAGGGUUCACACAGCCGGAAAUCGUUCGGACGGUACCAACCCCUAGUAGUGCUCAAGGGAACCAACCUCCCUUUGGUUGGAUCAUGAGGUUGUUUGGAUUGUUGCCUGGAUCAGAUCCUUUCUAUGCAGUGAUAGCCUGCAAAAAUUUCAAACCAAUAAAUGAAUGAAAAUAUUUCAAAUU